AUGUAAAAGGAAGAAUAAAAAUUUAAAGAAGAAUAAAUCUUAAAAGAGAUUUAAUACUAUAUAUUUUAAGAUUUGGAAAAUGUUUUGUGUUUAAUAGGUGAACUAGAACAAACAAUACAUACAUUAUAAAACCAAGAUGAUUAUAAAUAAUCUUACCUUCCAAUAGCAACAAAUAAAACAAUUUUAUAAGCAAAUAUAUCAAAUGGAAUUCAUUUGGAUUAAUAUUAUUAACAUAAUAAAACACAUAAAAAUUUUUUAGAAGAAUGUAAUAAUAAAGCAAGAUAAAUUUUUGAAGAGGUUAAAAAAAAAAAAGGCAUAAAUGCUACAGAUCCUAAAAUUUAGGAGAUUUGUGACUUUUAUUUGAACAAGAAUUUGAAAGCAGAAAACUCUUUUUAUUAACUUCCUUUAUUACCAGUAUCAAGGGAGGCAUAAUUCAAUUAACAAGCUUUGGAAAAAGUAAUUUGGGGAACUCAAACUGUGAACAACUAAUUAAAUGAUCUCCAAAAUUCAAAUUAUUAACCUCCUACUGUUAAAUAAAUUUUGGAAAAAAUUAAGUAAAAAUUUUAUAAUAAAUUUAGUUAAAGGAAAAAGUAUUGUGAAGAAUAGUUGAUAAAGAACUUUGGUAUAAAUCAACAAAAUUAACCUAAUGAAACAAAAAAUUCAGAAAAUUUAAGAGAAUUCGAAACAGAAGAAGAUAAAUAAACUUUGAAUGAUAAAACUAUCAUGUAAGAUUAAAAUAGUUAAGUUUUUGAACAUCAAUAACAAAAGAAUUAAAAUGGUAUGUAAAUUGAGGAUGAAUCAACUGAAUAAAAUUUGCUAAAAAAUAAAUUAGAUAGAGAUGGCAAAAGUAAAGAGAAUACUGAUCCAAAUAAAGAACAAUAAUAAGAGAAUGAUAUAUAAAUUGAAGAUGAAUAAGAUUUAAGGAAUUCAAGGGCUACUAAAGUUUAGGAAUCGAAAUUUGGAAUAACUGAAUUACCAAAAGCAACUCAAGGAGAUGAAAAUGAUUGCGUUGAAGAAGGUGUUGAUUAGCAGUGAG